UACAACCGAGAGCCGGUUAUUUAGUUCUCAACUUUGGUGAGAGAGCCAUCUAUUGACAAGCCCGUGAAACACGUGCAAUUGUGAUUAGUGUUUAGUGCAGUGUGUUUUGGAAUUCCUAAUCUUUUAAAAUGCCUGGACGUCCUAUUUGGCAGUGCGCUGGUAAACGCGAACCAGAAAAAGAAGCCGAGGCACAGAGUUGGAUCGAAGCCGUCAUCGGCGAAAGGUUCCCUCCAGGCAUUGCAUACGAAGAAGCUCUUCGCGAUGGCAUCAUUCUAUGCAAACUGAUGAAUCGCCUACAGCCUGGUAUCAUCACUAAAGUCAACAUCUCUGGCGGAGAUUAUAAGUUCAUGGACAACAUUAGUCAAUUUCAAAAGGCGUGUGUCAAAUACGGAGUCCCUGAUGUGGAUCUCUUCCAAACUACCGAUCUCUGGGACCAGAAAAACAUUGCGCUCGUCACACAGACCAUCUUUGCUUUAGGCAGAACGGCCUACAAACACCCAGAAUGGCGUGGUCCUUUCUUAGGCCCCAAGCCUGCUGAAGAAAACCGUCGGGAGUUCAGUGAGGAUGUGCUCCGGGCAGGGCAGACCGUAAUCGGUCUUCAGGCUGGCACCAACAAAGUGGCAACACAAUCAGGACAGAACUUCGGUGCUUCACGCAAAAUCAUUCUCGGCAAGUGAAGCCUUAGAAUAGAAAUUAUAAGAAAAUGUUGUAAAGCAUUUUGAAAAAUAAAUUUAUGUAGUAGGCAAUUAAUGUUAUUAACUAAGUAUCGUAUAUAAUAUUUGAUUUGUAAUUCAUAUUCAAUAGUAAUUAAAAAUAUACUCAAUUAUUUGUACACCACAACGCAGCGACAGUUAACAAAUGUAUUUGAGUGCCACAUUUGGAUUUUUAUAUUAUAUUUUUAUAUUUGAAUAUAAAAUUAAAAGAUGUAUUAUAUUUAUUUUACAUUUCAUAUUUGACACAAUUUGUUUAAAAUUACUUUAACCAAAGACAAUAAAUGUAAAAAUACAAUACAAAGUACAAAUUUAACAAGUAUUAGAUGUUAUUAAUGUUACUAAUUUGAAAAUAGUUUAUAUACAGUAUAAGUACUGCAUAUUAACUGUAAUACCAAAAUUUUAAUGGAAAUUUAGUUUAAAAGAAAAUAUUGUAAAUAACUAUACAGAUCAAAAUUCACAAUUCUAGAUGUUCGUUAUUUUUUUUUUUUUUCACCUUAACAAAUGACUAUUUUAAUUUUUGAUUGGGAACUUAAUGACGAUAGUUGAUGAUAAUAACGAAAAUAAAUUUAUAUAAUUAGAUAUAUUAUGUAUGUAAUUUACUAAAUUAUUUACUUACCUACUUACGUGUACCUAAAGAAACUGUCUAACUGUGAUCUCUCUAAGAAGAAGAGAAUGUUGUACAAUAAAUUUUAUACGAAUUCAUAA